AGUUCCUUUUCUUUCUUCUUUUCUCCCCACCAAAAAGUCAGUCUCCCAACGAUGGCCGAGCCCGAGACCCCUUCAGUAGUCCCUGCAUCAACCGGGUCGGAUCCUGAAUCUUACUGGUGCUACCAGUGUGAGACACGCGUCUCCGUCGAAACCCUACCCGAUCUUCCCAAUGAUGUCAUUUGCAACAACUGCAAGUGUGGCUUCGUUGAGUACGUACCCUCACGCACCGAUGAUCAGAUCGAUGAUGACCCCACUCUCGGCAAUCAGUUCAUCCAAGUUCUAAGACUCAUCGCUGAAGCCGCGCGUGACAACGACGCGCCACCUCCCCCUCCUUCCGAGCACGAUGACGAUUACCUCCGUGUCGAACUCGACGGUUGGGGCAACGACGACAACGACGAUGAAGACGAUGACGAGGAUAGCAAUAACGAAGUCGAGGUUAGAGAUGAUGAUGAAGAUAACGAUGAUGAUGACGAAGAAGAUGACGGAGGAAACAACAACGAUGAUGUUGACGUUGCUGAGGCUGAGGCUGAGGAUGACGAUGACGAUGACGAUGAAGUUCGGCGAAGACGGAGGGAUGUGCUCCGUCUCCGUCUCCGUGACUUUGCUGCCAGAGCUUCCAAUCGGAGAAAUCGGAUACUCGAUUGGGCAGAGAUUUUAAUGGGACUGGAAGACCACUCUAUCGAGCUCCGAUUACAAGUUCCUGAUGUGGAUGGCUAUAUCGGCAACCCUGGCGACUACGUGGACGCAGCGGGUUACGAAGCGUUACUCCAAACCCUAGCGGAGAGCGAUGGUAACGGAAGACGAGGAGCUCCACCAGCUUCCAAGAGUGCAAUUGAAGGUCUUGAUACAAUGGUGGUGAAGGAAGAGAAGGAUGUAAUGGGAUGUGCUAUUUGUAAAGAUGUAGUGAAUGUGGGCGAGAUGGCGAAGAAUUUGCCCUGUGGACAUGGUUAUCAUGAUGAUUGUAUAGUUCAGUGGUUGGGUUCGAGGAAUUCUUGUCCCGUAUGUAGGUUUGAAUUGCCUACAGAUGAUCCUGAAUACGAAGAAGAGAGAAAGAAGCGAGGAGCAUGCCUUGUUACUACUAGCAGUGGUUCUUCGAGCUCGGGUACUGUUGCUGCUGAUAGUGAUGAUAGUAGUGCUAGUUGCCUUUGAUCGAUGCUUUGUGAUAAAAUCAGCCGUUGGCAUUCUUUUUAGCUUUGUUUUCCCUUUUUCGGGUCUUUGGUGAAUGGUUUUCAGUGUAAUUCCAACCCUCCCACUUUCUUGAAUGUAAUAAUAUGUUUAUCAUAAUGCUGGUAUGAAUAUGCUGUUCCACCA